AUGCCACGACUCCCAGUUCAUCGUGAGCCGAAAGAAAGUCGAGACGGCCACACCAAUGAACACACCAACGGUAACAGCGGGCGAAAGCAGCCUCAGCUCAGCACACUCCAGAAGCACUUGGUCGCUGCAUCAGGAGAGUUCUGCGGAACCUUCAUGUUUCUCUACUUCUCGUUCGCCUGUCAAAUCAUGUUGCACACACAACGAAGCGACUCGUCUCUUGAGAAUGGCGGCUUCAGCGCCACGAUGAAUAUCCACACUGCCCUCGUCUAUGGCUUCAGCUUGUUGGUCAACGUAUGGGCUUUCUACCGAAUCAGUGGUGGUCUUUUCAACCCUGCUGUCACAUUCGGCAUGGUCCUCGCUGGCACACUCCCUCCAAUCCGUGGCCUCAUUCUGUUCCCGGCCCAACUUCUUGCCGGCAUGUGCGCUGCUGGUCUUGUACAGUGCAUGUUCCCCGGCGACAUUACACUCACCAACACAACACUCUCACCCGGCACCAGCAUCGCGCAAGGUGUCUUCAUCGAGAUGUUCAUGACUGCCGAGCUGGUCUUUGUUGUGCUGAUGCUCGCUGCUGAGAAGAGCAAGGACACUUUUAUCGCGCCUGUUGGCAUUGGUCUGGCACUUUUUGUUGCUAUGAUGGGCGGCGUCUACUUCACCGGCGGCUCGCUCAACCCCACCCGCAGCUUUGGUCCUGCUGUCGCCGGCACGCAAUUCCCUGGCUACCACUGGAUCUACUGGAUCGGCCCGCUACUUGGUGGCGCGCUCGCUGCUGGGUACUACCGCUUUGUGAAGUACUUCAACUACGAGGAGGCGAACCCAGGUCAGGAUUCUGCGAAUGGUGACUUCAGCGGGUGA